CGGAGCGUAUGCGGCUCGGUCGACAAGCAAAGAGAGAGAGAUAGAGAAGUGAGAUCUGCUCGCGCCGAUGUGCUCGUGGUGGUAGUAGCCGGUUUUUGUGCUACUCUUAGGAAUGAGCUGAAGAUUAUUUUUUUCAUGACGGCGGCUCAUUAUAAAUAGUCCUAGGCGCGUUACACAACAUUUUGACGUCUAAAUGACAUCGCAGUAGGUCUUUGCGUCUGACACCGGUUCGGUUAAAAAACUUAGCUGGUUGCAGUGAAGUAACGUUAGCUUAGCAUAGCGCACGGCACCAUAGCAUAGAUAGCUCUGUCACGGUCCUCGUCGUUGUGCUGUGCGCUGCACUGGACUUCCUUAAUUAUUGUUACGUGUUGCUAUUCAGCUUUAUUAAGAAUUUAAUAGUUCUACCUAGCAAGUAGCGUGUGCUUCGUCCAUUAUGGAGAACGCUCACACCAAAACGGUAGAAGAGGUGUACAGCUAUUUCAGCGUGAAUGAAAGCACGGGACUCGGCCUCGAACAGGUCAAAAGACAGCGAGAGAAAUGGGGACCAAACGAACUGCCAGCAGAAGAAGGUAAAUCACUGUGGGUGCUGGUGAUCGAACAGUUUGAGGAUCUCUUAGUCAGAAUUCUCCUUCUAGCAGCCUGUAUAUCAUUUGUUCUCGCCUGGUUUGAAGAGGGAGAAGAGACCAUUACGGCUUUUGUGGAGCCUUUUGUAAUACUGUUAAUUCUUAUAGCCAAUGCAAUCGUCGGGGUCUGGCAGGAGCGCAAUGCAGAAAAUGCUAUCGAGGCCCUCAAGGAAUACGAACCCGAGAUGGGAAAAGUGUAUCGGCAGGACAGGAAGAGCGUGCAGAGGAUUAAAGCCAGAGACAUUGUUCCUGGAGAUAUUGUGGAAGUGGCCGUGGGUGAUAAAGUUCCUGCCGAUAUCCGCCUAACGUCUAUCAAAUCCACAACACUGCGAGUGGACCAGUCCAUUCUAACAGGAGAGUCUGUAUCAGUCAUUAAACACACAGAUCCAGUCCCUGACCCACGGGCUGUAAACCAGGACAAGAAGAACAUGCUGUUCUCUGGAACAAAUAUUGCUGCCGGUAAGGCUGUUGGUGUCGUUGUGGCCACGGGAGUGAACACAGAAAUAGGCAAGAUUCGCGACGAAAUGGCUUCUACGGAGCAAGAGCGCACUCCACUGCAGCAAAAGCUGGAUGAGUUCGGAGAGCAGCUAUCCAAAGUCAUCUCUCUCAUCUGCAUCGCCGUGUGGAUCAUCAACAUCGGUCACUUUAACGACCCAGUGCAUGGUGGCUCUUGGAUCCGAGGUGCCGUCUACUACUUUAAGAUCGCCGUGGCGCUGGCAGUAGCUGCCAUCCCUGAAGGGCUUCCUGCCGUCAUUACUACCUGCCUCGCGUUGGGAACCCGCCGCAUGGCUAAAAAGAAUGCUAUUGUGCGCUCGCUGCCAUCAGUUGAGACUCUGGGCUGCACAUCAGUGAUUUGUUCAGAUAAGACUGGUACCCUGACCACCAACCAGAUGUCUGUAUGCAGGAUGUUCAUUGUCGACCAGGUGCAGGGAGACAGUUGCUCUCUAAAAGAGUUUACCGUUACUGGCUCCACAUACGCUCCUGAAGGACAAGUAUUCCAUGAGGGGAAACCAGUGAAAUGCUCGAAGUAUGAUGGCCUGGUCGAGAUGGCAACAAUUUGUGCCCUGUGCAACGACUCCUCUCUGGACUAUAAUGAGGCCAAAGGAGUAUAUGAGAAGGUUGGAGAGGCAACAGAAACAGCCCUCACAUGCCUGGUGGAGAAGAUGAAUGUGUUCGACAAUGAUCUUACUGCCCUUCCAAAGAUAGAACGGGCCAACGCAUGCAACUCUGUUAUUAAGCAGCUAAUGAAGAAAGAAUUUACACUGGAGUUCUCGCGCGACAGGAAGUCCAUGUCUGUAUACUGUACCCCCAACAAGGCCCGCUCCGGCCUCGGCAAGAUGUUUGUCAAGGGUGCUCCGGAGGGAGUGAUCGACAGGUGUACACACAUCCGUGUGGGCGGUAAUAAAGUCCCCCUGACGCCAGGCAUCAAGGAAAAGAUCCUGUCUGUGAUCCGUGAGUACGGGACAGGGCGGGAUACUCUGCGUUGCCUGGCCCUGGCGACACGGGACAAUCCGAUCAGCAAAGAGGAGCUUCGGCUGGAGGAUUCUUCUUGCUUUGUUAAUUAUGAGACUGAUCUGACGUUUGUGGGUUGUGUGGGCAUGCUGGACCCUCCCAGGGCUGAAGUGGCCGCCUCCAUCAAACUGUGCCGCCUGGCAGGCAUCCAUGUUAUCAUGAUCACUGGUGAUAACAAGGGCACGGCCGUGGCUAUCUGCAGGCGCAUUGGUAUCUUCAAAGAGAACGAUGAUGUUUCACGCAUGGCCUUCACAGGCCGCGAGUUUGACGACCUGUCACCUUUGGCUCAACGUGAAGCCGUGCUCACUGCUCGCUGCUUUGCCCGUGUUGAACCUUCACAUAAAUCCAAGAUUGUGGAGUACCUCCAGUCCUGUGAUGAGAUUACGGCCAUGACUGGUGAUGGUGUAAAUGAUGCUCCUGCACUGAAAAAGGCAGAGAUAGGCAUUGCAAUGGGCUCGGGAACGGCUGUUGCGAAGACAGCCUCAGAGAUGGUGCUAGCUGAUGAUAACUUUUCUACCAUCGUAGCAGCCGUGGAGGAGGGGCGAGCGAUCUACAACAAUAUGAAGCAGUUCAUACGUUACCUCAUUUCCUCUAAUGUAGGAGAGGUGGUCUGCAUUUUCCUGACUGCGGCUUUGGGAUUCCCUGAGGCUCUUAUUCCAGUGCAGUUGCUGUGGGUGAACUUGGUAACAGACGGUCUUCCUGCUACAGCCCUUGGCUUCAACCCUCCUGAUUUGGACAUCAUGAGCAAACCUCCUCGUAAUGCUAAGGAACCCCUCAUCUCUGGCUGGCUCUUUUUCCGAUACCUGGCUAUUGGCUGCUAUGUCGGUGCUGCCACUGUUGGAGCUGCUGCUUGGUGGUUUAUUGCUGCUGAAGAUGGACCAAGAGUCAACUUCUAUCAGCUGAGUCACUUCCUUCAGUGUGGACCAGAGAACCCAGAGUUUGAAGGCAUUAAUUGUGAGGUGUUCGAGUCGCCUUACCCUAUGACAAUGGCCCUGUCUGUGUUGGUUACAAUUGAGAUGUGCAAUGCCCUCAACAGCGUGUCAGAGAACCAGUCGCUGUUGCGCAUGCCCCCGUGGGAGAACGUAUGGCUGCUUGGAGCGAUCUGCCUCUCCAUGUCCCUCCACUUCCUCAUCCUUUAUGUGGAGCCUCUGCCAAUGAUCUUCCAGAUCACACCGCUGAAUGUAACCCAGUGGUUAAUGGUGUUGAAGAUCUCGCUGCCUGUCAUCCUGCUGGAUGAGGUGCUGAAAUUUGCAGCCAGGAAUUACCUCGAACCCGGUAAAGAUUUGGACUCACCCACGGGCAAGACAUGCUCGCUCAGCGCCUGCACAGAGGGAAUCUCCUGGCCAUUUGUGGCUCUCUCACUUCCCCUGGUGCUCUGGAUCUACAGCAUUGACACUAACUUGGCUGAAAUGUUCUGGUCCUGACUCAUCUGAACACAGAAACACGAUCCCCCUUCCCCUCCCCUCUCUUCACUCAAUCUGUAGAUAGAAAGAAUGUGUGUGUGUAUGUGUUAUGUGUGAUAGUGCACCAAGGAACGUGCACAAGGAGGACUGUGUUAACACGAACAUAACAGUAAUAUAAUAAAUGUAACAAAGUUCUUUUUAAAACCACGUAUAGCGGGUAUGGAGGGGACCACAUAGAGCUGAAGUCUUUAAGUAUUAAUGACCAUUAUUAUUAUUGUUCCCACGUCUGUGGAUGUUCUGCUGGUUUGGUCUUAAAACGGUCUUUUUUUUUUUUUUUUUUGUCUUUGUUAGUUCUCCUUUUUUAGUUUUUUUUUUUUUUUUUUUUUUUUUUUUAAAGAAAUUGCAUUUCAAACAAAUUAGAAAUACUAAAUUCUUUGUGUUUAAUUUUUGUGUGUCCUCCCUUUCAGUGCAUGAGGAAAAGCUCUACAAUGUGUACCAAGUUUGAACACUAUUUUGUACAACUCACUUGUUUUUUUGUUUUUUUUAUCCGUGUUAAAAGGAAUCCACUGACGUGACUUCACGAGGGGUUAGGUUUAGGCAGCCGAUUGACGAUUUUUUUUCCUGUAUAUUCCCAUAAAGCCAUAACACACAGAGGCAAGGGAUUUUUAUUUUAAAGUAAGGAUGCAUGUAUAAAGUGAAAUGGGUUCAGGUAGUUUUGUCAAAAUGCACAAAUAUUUAAAGAAAGCCAUGUGCAUGAACAGAGUCCAUUUUAAGCGUCCUACGCAGCUGCCUAAACAAUGCCAGGGAGACUAGGAAAGCUGUUUACAUUUGUUUACUGUGUCCAGUGUGAAUGUUUGAGUUCAGAGUGGCGUCACAGGCGUAUAGGACAGGCGGGUGGGAAGGGAGCACAUAGAAAAUAAAUCAGAUUCUGAAAUGGAAGCUGCAUGUUGUGUAUCCUGCAUGCAAUACGUGUGCGUUUUCAUUUAUUUGUUUGUCUUCCCCUUUGUAUGAUAACCUCCAUUUUGGUGUUUUUCCUUUUAUUUUUACUUUUUAACAAAAAACAUACCGUAAGCCAGUUUUUCUGCACCGGGCAGAGCACAGCUACCUCAAUACAGUCUGAUUAGUUUCUCACCUCACUGAGCUUUACACAUCUUGUGUGUGUGAUCUUGUCGCUUUGAGGUGUGCCCCUCUUGGCUUGUGCAGAAAAAAAGUAUACAUAAACAAAAUCAUCCUGUCCCUGAUUCCCCCCCCCCCUUUUUUUCCCCCCUUUGUUGUUUUAAGAAUGCAUUUUCUUUUGUAUUUUAUAAUUGAUUUGACUUGUAUUAACUUAAUUUAGAAGUGUUUGAGGCAGGGUGAGGAGGGCAAGUCCUGGAUGUAAAUGUUGCCAUCGACGGCGUAUGUUGGAGACAAAACCCAUUCACACGAUAGGUUUAUUAAAUAGUGCAUUUAGAAACAUGGAUUUUAUGAUGCAAAACCAAAAUGUUUGACUCUCUCUUUUUUUCUACUUCAAGAAAAUACACUCAUGGACCAUUUGAAUUAAAAAAGUGCGUGUCUGGCUUUUUUUUUUUUUUUUUUAACAUAGUAUAUAUAUAUAUGUAGAGUAACAGGAGCAAUUAUACUUGAAAUAAUGUACAUACAAUAAGAAGUUACUAUAUGACCAGGCAAGCACAAGCUCAAGAGCUAGCUUAUGCUACUGCAGGACCCUGUCAGUUUGUACAUAGCAGAUAUACUCACUUUACCUGUACCAAUUUAUGUUCUAAAUUGUAGCUCAAGUGUUUAGCAAUUCUAAUCAUAAACCUAAUCCUUGUUUGUGAAAAGCUUUCAUUACUACAUGCCACAUUAAGCAUGUUACUGUGCCAUGUGAGUGGCACUGCCAGUGUCUGUGUCUAACAGCUCUGCUUUUCCCCUCCUUUAUGCCUUCAUUGGGUGUUCCCUUCACUGACUUGCACCUUGUAAGACACUUCUCCCUCCAGUUUGUUCUGGGGUGGAUGCUGGACGCUUCCUUUUGUGCAUGAGGCAUUCCCUCCUCCAUGUUGUACACUGCAUGAGCCUUGAGCUGACUGCAAGAGCACCUUUUUUUUAUUAUUAUUAUUAUUUAUUCUUUUUUUAAAUACUGAUGAAGCAAAUGAUCAACAAGGACAACUGUACGGACAACUGUGAAUUCUGUUUGAGUGGUAGAGGAGAGUGAAAAACUGCGUGCAGGCUGACCAUCCAGCAUCCUUGCUCCUCUAUUUUGUAUGAACGAAAAAAUGGUCAACCAUUACACAUCAUGCUGCCUUGCAAUCAGUUUGUCUGUAUGGGUUACAUCUAAAUAUGUUAACUUCUUUUUUUUUUUUUUUUAACCGUGUAAAAUGUCUGUUUUAUAUACAGUAUACAUAUGUAUAAUAUAUAGUAAAAUGCAUGCCUUCUGUUGUAAGUAGCUAAGCAAUUUUAUCUAUAUUUAUAUAGUAUUUGCUGUGUACAUCGGUGCUCAAUGGAAUGAUAAGAUGGACAUCAUUUUACAAAUAAACUCACCAGGUGGAUUUUA